CUGUGCUCAGCCCCCUACAGCUUUGGCUUUGCCGGGAGGCGCUGUACUACAAAUAUGGUGCAAACAACCAGAAGAGCAGAUCCUAAUGAGUUACGGAACAUAUUUUUGCAGUAUGCCACUGUUGAGAAAGAUGAAGAGCAUUACAUGACACCAGGAGAUUUUGUGCGGAGAUAUCUAGGACUGUACACCGACCCACAAUAUAAUCCUAAAACAGUGGAAUUAUUGGCCGGAGUAGCAGAUCAAACAAAAGAUGGGUUGAUCUCCUAUCAAGAGUUUUUGGCAUUUGAGUCAGUUUUGUGUACUCCAGAUGCAAUGUUCAUUGUUGCUUUUCAGUUGUUUGACAAGAGUGGCAAUGGAGAAGUGACAUUUGAAAAUGUCAAAGAAAUUUUUGGACAGACCAUUAUUCAUCAUCAUAUCCCUUUUAACUGGGACUGUGAGUUUAUUCGACUGCAUUUUGGACAUAACAGGAAGAAACAUCUUACCUACUCAGAGUUUACACAGUUUCUGCAGGAGUUACAGUCAGAACAUGCAAGACAAGCCUUUGCAUUGAAAGACAAAAACAAAACUGGUAUGAUUACUGGACUGGACUUUAGUGACAUCAUGGCUACCAUUCGUUCACAUAUGCUCAGCCCUUUUGUGGAAGAAAAUCUAGUUUCAGUAGCAGGUGGAACUGUUUCACAUCAGGUCAGCUUCUCCUAUUUCAAUGCUUUUAAUGCCCUGCUGAAUAAUAUGGAACUUGUUAGAAAGAUAUACAGUAUUAUAGCAGGUACAAGGAAAGAUACUGAAGUCACAAAAGAGGAGUUUGCCCAGGCUGCAAUCAAAUUUGGACAAGUCACACCACUGGAAAUUGAUAUUCUCUACCAGCUUGCAGAUUUAUACAAUGCUACAGGGCGUUUAACUUUGGCAGAUAUUGAGAGAAUAACACCACUGGCUGAAGGUGCCUUGCCUUAUAACUUGGCGGAACUCCAGAGGCAGCAAUCUUACGGUGAUAUGGGCAGGCCUAUCUGGCUUCAAGUAGCAGAGUCUGCUUACAGGUUCACUUUGGGCUCAAUUGCUGGAGCUGUAGGUGCCACUGCUGUAUAUCCCAUAGACCUGGUGAAGACACGAAUGCAGAAUCAGCGCUCCUCUGGUUCAGUUGUGGGAGAAUUGAUGUAUAAAAACAGCUUUGACUGUUUUAAAAAAGUUUUACGUUAUGAAGGCUUUUUUGGUCUUUACAGAGGCUUGUUACCACAGCUUAUAGGUGUUGCUCCAGAAAAGGCCAUUAAGCUUACAGUUAAUGAUUUUGUCAGAGACAAAUUCACUCAAAGAGAUGGUUCCAUUCAACUAUUUGCAGAGAUCCUGGCUGGAAGUUGUGCAGGAGCUUCACAGGUCAUCUUCACGAAUCCCCUAGAGAUUGUAAAGAUUCGGUUGCAAGUAGCAGGAGAAAUCACUACAGGACCUAGAGUCAGUGCUCUUACUGUUCUAAAAGACCUGGGGAUUUUUGGACUUUACAAGGGUGCCAAAGCGUGUUUCCUUCGAGACAUUCCCUUCUCUGCAAUCUAUUUUCCUGUUUAUGCUCACAGUAAACUGAUGCUUGCUGAUGAAAAUGGCCACGUGGGAGGGCUUAAUCUCCUUACAGCUGGUGCGGUUGCAGGUGUGCCUGCUGCUUCCUUGGUAACCCCUGCUGAUGUCAUCAAGACUAGACUGCAAGUGGCAGCCCGCGCUGGUCAGACAACAUAUAGUGGAGUUAUUGACUGUUUUAGAAAGAUACUUAGAGAAGAAGGCCCUUCGGCUUUUUGGAAGGGAGCUGCAGCUCGAGUGUUCAGAUCUUCACCCCAGUUUGGUGUUACAUUAGUGACCUAUGAACUUCUGCAGCGAUGGUUCUAUGUUGACUUUGGAGGACUCAAACCCGCUGGAUCAGAAUCUACACCAAAAUCUCGAAUCUCAAACCUCCCUCCUGUCAAUCCUGACCACAUAGGUGGAUACAGACUUGCUGCAGCUACAUUUGCUGGCAUAGAAAACAAGUUUGGGCUUUAUCUUCCAAAAUUUCGAUCUACUGAUGUUGCUUCAGUUCUACCUAAAUUAGCAGCUGAAUCCUGAGAUGACCUUUCAGCCUAGUAUAAUAAUGCAACGAAAA